UGUCCUCGGAGUAGGAGAGGCGAGGCGACUUUGGAGAGCCAGCUGCCGGAUUAUUUUCUCUCCCCUCCCUGUCUCCCGUCCCACAUCUCUCUUCACCCCUCUCCCGCCUUUGCUCGCGCAGCCAUGGCGGAGCCGUCGGCAGCCACUCAGUCCCCGUCUGUCUCCUCGUCGUCCUCCGGGGCCGAGUCCUCUGCGCCCGGUGGUGGCAGCGGGAGCCCGGGAGCCUGCCCCGCCCUGGGGACGAAGAGCUGCGGCUCCUCCUGUGCGGUGCACGACUUGAUUUUCUGGCGAGAUGUGAAGAAGACUGGCUUUGUCUUUGGCACCACACUGAUCGUGCUGCUGUCCCUGGCCGCUUUCAGUGUCAUCAGUGUGGUUUCUUACCUCAUCCUGGCCCUUCUGUCUGUCACCAUCAGCUUCAGGGUCUACAAGUCUGUCAUCCAAGCUGUACAGAAAUCAGAAGAAGGCCAUCCAUUCAAAGCCUACCUGGAUGUCGACAUCACUCUGUCCUCAGAAGCUUUCCAUAACUACGUGAACGCUGCCAUGGUGCACAUCAACAGGGCCCUGAAACUCAUCAUUCGUCUCUUUCUGGUGGAGGAUCUAGUUGACUCCUUAAAGCUUGCUGUCUUCAUGUGGCUGAUGACCUAUGUUGGUGCCGUUUUCAAUGGGAUCACCCUUCUGAUUCUUGCUGAACUACUCGUUUUCAGCGUUCCAAUUGUCUAUGAGAAGUACAAGACCCAGAUUGAUCACUAUGUUGGCAUUGCCCGUGAUCAGACCAAGUCGAUUGUUGAAAAGAUCCAAGCAAAACUCCCUGGAAUCGCAAAAAAAAAGGCAGAAUAAGUACAUGGAAACCAGAAACGCAACAGUUACUAAAACACCAUUUAAUAGUUAUAACGUUGUUACUUGUACCAUGAAGGAACAUGCUCAGUGUCAGCUUGAGCCUGCAUUCCAAGCUUUUUAUUUUUUAAUUUGGUGUUUUCUCCUCUCCUUUCCCUCUAUCCUCAGUAUCAAGCACAAGAAUUGUUGGACUUAAAAAAGAACUGAUAUCUUAGAAGACCCAAAAGAAUAAAGAAAGAGUCAAAUUAAUAGGAUAAAUCAGUACCUUAAUGAUGGUGGAGCUUUUACCUGUAACUUGAAAGGAGGGGGAAAAUUGGAGGUAAAGGAGAAAAUGAAAAAUAAAAACAUCUCUUGGGUUCUUUUAUCCAAAUUUCAAGGACUAGUCAGUCUUCUAUAGCUUCCCAUCAUAGUUUUGCCCUUAUUUUAAGUUAAGAAAUAAUGAUUAACUUAUGAAGAAAUUAUCUGGGGACAAGAAUGGGAUUCCUUCCCUUGUUCAUUGUUGUUUUGUUUUCCGGUCCUCUGAUCCCAUCUUCCUGCCCCACAACGUGAGCAGCUACUCCUAAUUUUCCUCUUCUUCAUUUAAUGAUAUAACUUUCAACUCUGUGAAUAACUUAUAGUUGAUAGUGAUGACUCCUGAUUCCCAGAAUACCAUCUGAUAACCAAGAAUGGAGAUGGAAGGUCGGACAGAGGAGUGCACAGGACCACUACUGUGACUCCCGCGCAUCCUUAGGAAGGAAAGGCUCCGCAUGGGGGACGGUGGUGUCUGUGUUGUUUCUUCUGGACACCAGUUCUGAGCUGUAGUUGGAGAGCUUAUUCCUGAAUGUGCUUUCCUCCCUCUUUCCUACCCUCAAGUUCAAUAAAUACGGUUGUACUUUUCUUAUUAUAAAAUAAAUGUCUGUAACUGCUGUACACUGCUGUAACCUUGUUAGAGAAAAAAAAAAAUUAAUCUGCAUGUGGGCUCCUCCGUUAUUGAGUUAUUGUAAUCCUGUCUCAGUCCGUGGCGGGGAAACAUUCUCAAGAGGUGAAGUACAGAAACACAAAGGCCUUUUUCUCUUUUCCCUGCACACUCCAUCUUUAACCUGUGCUCAUCAUUUUACCCUGAGGACCAAAGCUGAGCUGGCUUGCGAGGAGACUGUAUCUGUGGUUGAGACACCACAGAUGAGUGUAGGGAGGUGCAUUUUGCGGUUCAGGUGUUUUAACUUAGAGGCUAGCUUAUUGGGCAUGUGUGGUUUGAGGAUUCCUUCCAUUUUCAGGCACUUAAGCUGUCUCAGCACCUGUACCACCAUGGCGCAGGGUCCUCCUUUUGAGAGUGUUUUCUAAGAAGCUUUAGGUAAGGGUGACCAGGCAGGGCCAGAUUGUGUUGGCGGGCUCCAUGCGCAAUUAAGACAACAAAACAGUUCACGCUGAUAUCGGAUGGAGGGCAUUUGGGAAUCUUUGAUUCCCACUUAACGUUUUCCUCCCCUUCCAACAUGAAAAUUCAGUAAACUUGAAAGAAAAUCAUCUGUGAAUUCUUUCAGGUUGUAACUGACAGUUGUGAUAAUCCAGACGGAAUAUGCACUGGUGACUUUAAAGUAAGGGCUAUAAUCUUUGACGGUCCCAAAGCAGUGCAGCUCUGUAGAAGGUAGUGGAAGGACCUUUUCUUUCUACUUUGUUGAGGAAAUUACUUAGGAAUUUAGAUGGGUAAAAGGUACCUUGCCUUACUCCACUCUUAUUUUCUUAGCCCCCUUUCCUUUUGAAUGCUUUAACUCAUUUCAUGUCAUGGUAGGAAAUGCACUCUCCAUCUCCACUCCUUUGCCCUCCCAGGAAGUCAGUGCACUGAUUGUCUUUUUGGGCUUCCCCUCCAAAGGACCUUUCCCUGCACUGGAAGCCUCCACACCUAGCUUUUGUUUUGUCACUGCUGUGUUCAGAUUGAUUGGACAGAUCUUUGUGCCACACAGGAAUUUUUUUUUUUUUUAAGAAAAAUCUAUAGGUGAAAAAUUACUAAUGGAACUGUGUGCGUGUAUGUCCGUGCAACAUAAAAGUACAGUAGCACUUAAGGAGCUUGAAUCUUGGUUCCUGUAAAAUGCAAAUUGAUGU